AUGUCUAUUGUACCAGAAAUACCAUACAACAACCUUGAAGACGAUGACUCUUCUGACGACGAUAACAACUGGAAGGACCCCUCGCUCGGUAAUCCCAGCUACAACAACAAUGCUUCUGCAGGCUCAACACUCAUCGAAAUUGAUGCUCCUUACGACACCGCUUCCAAAUACAACACACCAAGACCUGCGCAAUCCUAUGCUGAUACGACAGUAAGUGCAGGCAGCAACCAUCACAACGCAGAUGAUCAUUGGGUCUUACCUACGCAUGUCAAUCCCAAAGAUGUGCUGGGUACUCGUAAAGCACGUAUAACUUCCAUCCAACAACAGACUGGCUCAUUUAUCGAAUACAAUGAAAAGUACAAUCAAGUGGAUAUCUGGGGUGAUGCUGACGCUAUUGCCAAAACCAAGCGCUAUCUGGAUGGCAUUGUGCAAAACCUGCUUGAAAACGAGACACGCUCACAACGCAAAUCAAAGAAAUGGGGAAAGCCUGAACGUGAAUUAACAGAAAAAGAAAGACGUCGUCAAGAGAGAAGACAGGCUAAAUUGGAAGAGGAAAAGAGAUAUCAAGGCUUACCUGUGGUGGCCCAAAAUUAUCAUGCAAUAUUUCCGUUACCUGAUAAAUCGCUCCCAAUGCUGCGAUUAUCGGGUGAAAACAACUCUUACUUUAACCAAAUCCGUGCCGACUGCAAAACCUACCUCUGGUACGAAGAGCAAGGAAACUUGAUCCGUCUUGCUAGUGAUAAUGAAAAUGCUCUCAAGGAUGCUGCUGUGCGUGUGCGUAACUGGUACCUGCGUUCCUGCCGUAAACCAAUGGGCGGCGUCUUGCGAUUGUUCGAGCAACCCUCGGCACAAACUCUGCUGGAAUUUCAGACUUUGCCAAAGGGAUUUCUCCUGUACAAGUACCAUGAUCCAGAGGAGGAGAGGCAGCAACUUCAAGUGCAAAGGCUUUUGAAAUCUGUGGCUACUGGUGUCAUGAACAGAGUGGAUCAAGAUGACCUCAUUGCUUUCAAUGAAACCGCACAAACGGAACAGUUGUCAGACAGAGCAAGGACGUUGAAUUCGAGAAAUGAAAGUCUGAUUGAAGAGCAACUGGCUGCCGCUUUGGAAAGCAUUCGCUUGAACGACUGGGUGAUUCGCAUGAAGAUUCGAUUUGGCCAGAUCUCUCUUCUCAACUACAAAGACAAGAAGGAAUUUUUAACCAUUGAAUACGUUAGUGAUCAAAUGUUUCGCAAAGCUAAAUUCCGUUCUGAAUUGGCGCCCUGUAUCAGCAAGUCUUUGCAAGGCUUGAGUGGAUUAUUUGAAUUCUUGACAACGGAUCCUGAUGCUGUGGAAUUCUCUGAUAAUCCUCGCACCUCCUUUGUGAUCAAUGCUCAGCAAUAUCCAAAUGCAGCUCCUCCUCGUAUACCUGGAAUAAGGGGCCCUCCACGAGGCGAGAUGUGGGAUACAACAAUGCAAAUCUCCUUUACGGAUAGCGGCCAAAGACGUUUAUGGAGCACUGUGACAGAUUGUGUGGAUAUGGUGGAUAUCAGCGCUCUGGAUAUCGAAAGUCAUUACAGUUGGGACCUCAAGUUGCAGUAUGCCCGUCGACUGCCUAACGACGAUGCCAAUUCCCCUCAUGAAAAGUUCUCACAUGGCCUUCGUGUCAGUAGCGACAACCGUCUUGUCAUGAUCACCUCCAACGAUUACAAACCUCAAUUAGUGACGCAAAAGACAAAAUGGCUCUAUAGCUACAAGGGAUACAUUAUUGAAAUCUGUCAUGAUGAAAUAUGGAACAUGAAUCGCGUGGAGCGUACAGAUUAUGAACUGCCUGUUGAUUUGACUUUGGUGGAUCCUCAUCGUGCAUUGUACAAGGUCUCUUUAUACAAGGAAGCUUGGGUUGACAGGUUUGCUGAAAACUUGGAUCUCAAAAUUGGCCAAGCUCCCAGCUGGUCUUUACGCGAUUUCUUGGCAAGUCCUGAUGAAAAUACCCGCUCUAUCAUGCAAAUGGCAAAGAAUUUGUCUCAAAUCUUGAACUCUACUGUCCCUCUUUACUACGAUCAAGCUUCAAGCUCGUUGGUAUAA